AUGAGCAUGGAUUUUGAGAGUGCCGUUCGACUGCAAGUCGAACUGCGUGGCCGUAUGGCCAACACGGCGGAGAACGUGCGAAAACUCGGUGCUGCGAACAUUACGGUCGAUGUGAUCGAGAACUGCCUCCAGUUCCUCGACAAAAACUGGGAAAGGUUCGAGGCCAGGCACGCAGAAUUAAAUAGCAAGUACUGGAAUGAUCACGAGGACAGCGAUUAUUUUUGCGACGGUUACGAAACCGAGGAAGUUUAUUUGUCGCAACGCAUCGCGCUUACCACGUUACGACGCUCGCUCGUCGGGAACACCGCGGGAAUAGAAUCGCGACCGCCCACGAACGAGCCUCCUCAGCUACCUUCGUACGCUCCUCAAACUACCUUGCCCAAGAUUACCGUGCUGCAUUUCUCGGGCAAGUUUGAGGAUUGGCCGUCAUUUCGCGAUCUUUUUCGCUUGAUCAUCGGGAACGAUCGGCACCUUUUCGAUGUCGAGAAACACUAUUUGCGGACGUGCAUAGAGAGGGAGGCUGCUUCGUUCAUUAAACCGCUGCCUAUCGUCGGCGAAAACUCAACGCGCUUGGACUUGGCUUCAGGAGUACUACGAAAAUAA